AUGUCAAAAAGUGCUUCAACGGCAGAGAAUAGCAGCUCUUCACUGCUCCUCUCUCCUCGUAGUACCAUCAACAACAACAAUUCCUUGUCUGUUGGUCAUACAACACCAAGAGUCUCCAACAACAACAUUCAAUCACAAGCAUCACCCUCUGUCGUGGAUAGUCAUCAAAACAAUAAUGAGAAUAGUAGGACUUCGGGAAUAUCAUCUGCCUGGAGCAAGCCAUCAUCAUCCCUCACCAAUGCCACAAAGAAGAGCUCAGGCACCCCGCAAGCUUGGAGAAAUGAUCAGUCAUCGGAAUCUCCUUCCAUCAACUCAUCCAAUGUUUCGUCACCAGAGGUCAAGAUCAAUCCAAGAGAAACAUUCAACAAAAACAAAGGGAAUAAUUAUUCCCAGAAAAACCUUCAUUCGUUUCGAGUUGUGAAUGUUUCCUCGACUAGUAGCAAUACAUCGUCUCAAGUUAAAAGCCCAAAGCCUAGCUCUUCGAACACGGUGAAAAAACCUCCCUCUCCUUCAAUCCCAUCUGCCACACCUUCUCAAGAUGAAAACUCAAAAAAUUCAGCCUUGUCAUCAUUGACUUCUCCCAGAGGAGGUGUCGAUUGUUCACAAGAAAUGAAAGACGAUUUGAAAAGAUACAUUGAAGAAUUACAUAGAGAGUGUGAAGUGAAUGGCCAAGAUUUUACGAUGGAGGUUGUCAAUAUUUUGUCGUCUACAUGUAAUGAACUUUCGGAACUUCUACAACGACAAACAGAACAGAGAUCAACUAUGAAUAUAUCUUCCAGCUCUUCCAUGGCAGACAUCAUUUCAGGUCCGUUUUUGAAUGAUUCCAUUACGUCACCUUCAAAUUUUGGACAAAUUCAAAAAAGCACAUCAUUCGAAGAAUUAUUCAAUAGCCCAAGCUUUGGAACGCAAGGAAGAUGCUGGGGUGAUGUGUCACCUGACAUUUCACCACCCAGCUCUCCUGAUAUUAUGUCUGUACGAGAAAGACUCUCAUCUCCCAGUAGACGAAAACUCUCUCCUGAGGACAUCAGGCGAAGGCAAGAAGAAAAAAUGGCUCGCUCCGCAUGGAAUAGACAGACAAAGCAGAUCCAGCAAGAAGUCAAGUUUUUGAGAGAAGCUGAAAAGCAAAAGGAGGUGUUGAAGAAGAGAGAGAAAGAAUUAGAGGAAACAAAAAAGAGGCAAGAAGAGAAACAUGAGAGAGCGAGAAAGAAUAAUCAAAUUCACAUUAAGAAAGUUAUGGAAGAAGCAAGAAAAGAAAGCGAAAAAGUAGAAGAAGUUAAAUUUAUCAAAAGCUUAGAAGAAGAAAAGAACAAAUUUCAACUUGACCAAAAAUUAUCUGCAUCACAAGAAAGACGAGAACGAGAGCAAAACAAAAUCAAGGUCAAGUGCACAAAGGAUUUAGAAAAAGAAAAAGCUGCAAAAUUAAGACGUGAACAAUUGGAGGCAGAGAGACAAAAAGAAAUUUAUGAAAGUAUUAAGGCCAAAGAGAAGAAAGGAGAGUUGAUUAAAGAAAAAAAAGAAAAGGAAUCAGCAGAACGAAUCAACAAGAAGGUUGAAUAUGAAAAAAAGAUACAAAAAACAAAGAAAGAAUCCGAAUUAACAACUCAUUUACUUUCUGAAAAAUUAGAAAAAAAGUUAGAAGCUGCUGAGGAUAGAAAAACAAAAACUAUCGAGACCAAAAAAGCCAAAGCAUCCAUAGAUCUUAAAAAAGUUGAAGAAGCAAGGAAAAGAGCUGUCUCUCCUCCUAAAACUGAAAAUUCUGUUGUCUUAUUGCCCAGCAGUGAAGAAGAUCCUUCUCAUAAUACCAAAAAAGCUAAUAAGAAAUUCAAAAAGGCAAAACAAAAAUUCUUAAAGGCAUUCGAGUCUAUGGAAAAGAAAUUACUUCAAAUUAGACCAAAAACAAAACCUAAAACAACCCUAUUCAAAAAGACUGUCCAGCAUAUCAAGGAUCCAACAAAACCUGAAGUGUUAAUUUCUGCUCUACUGUCAAUUUCUAGAAUUACAAGAAACGAUAGUUUAGAGGCUUUGAGAGAUGAAGGCGCUUUAGAUUGUGUCUGUUUACAAAUGAGCCAAAGCAAAGAUGCAGAAGAGAGAUCUGCAUAUAUUCAUGCUCUUAACACACUCUGCAAGAACAAGGAAAACUUAAUUUAUAUCAACACUACUAACUCACUAAUAUGUUCAAUAUUGCAAACAGCAAUUGACGUUGGUAAUCAACCAUCAUCCCUUCCUGAAUUGGAAAUGAUGAUUGUUAUCAUUACCAAGCUAUUACAAACUCCAACUGCGGAGGCAGUAGAAACAGAGGUCAUGUUUAAGGACUAUUUUAUUGAUUUUAUUGUCAACACAAAACUCUUAGAUACUAUCAAAGCUCAAGUUAAAUAUGUUGACGAGAUUUCACUUCAAGAGAGAUCUUCAUUCAUUUUAAAGAGCUUGGAGCUAGUUAGAGUGCUGACAACUUUCCCAUAUGCUAAAGUUAGACAUUUACCUGUUUAUGUACAAAAGAAAGGCACUGAGGUUGAAAAUCUAAUUGAUAAGUUUAGAAAGACAAACAUUAUUGACAUCUUGCCUGUUCUCAGCACCAUGAUACUUGCAAAUGGUCCACUUAGAGGAAAUACCAAACCAGAAAUGAAUGAUUUAGCACUCAAGAUUACAUUCUUGACAUUUAGAAUUUUAAACAAUCUGUCCUGUAUUGAUCUAGACUUUGUACAGAAAACGUUGGGAGAAACAUUCCAAACUGAAUUAUUUCACAUUAUUGGAUACCUUUUAGCGUAUAUUGAAUCUGUAAAUUAUGAACCAUCCAUUGUAGUAUAUGAUGGAUUCACAUCAACCACCCCCAACAACAAAAUUACUAUUCCAGAUUUAUUGAACGAGAUCAUUUUAGAGAUUGGAUACUUUUGUUUGGAAUGUCAAUCCAAUCAAGACAUGCUUCAUUAUCAUAAUGGAAGAAAUCCAACACUACUUCAAAGACUCAUCUCACUACCUGAGAAAUAUUAUUCUGAACAUCAAAACAGACAAAUUCUCUUACCAACACUAAUCUGUGCAGUCUUUGAAAAUGACACAAAUAGAGAAAUUCUGAGAAAGGAAAUGAAUACAUCCAUUCUGAUACAAUUUAUCGAACAAGAAGUACAAGCUCUCAAAAAAGAUACCAAUCUUCGAAACAAAUUCAAUGUCCCUCAUCCAAGAUUCCAAUUUGAGAAUCGAUUCCCCUUAAAAUCCACAGAGAAGGCAAUUUCGUAUCUUGAAGGAAAGUACAACAUGUUACCUGAAGAACCUGAACAUUCAGAACUGAAUACCUCCUCGAUCCAUGAAGAAGAUUUAGUGUUAGAGGACUUAUCAGAGCCAAAGAGUCAUGUACAGAAAGAAGAUUUAUCCAAAGAAAGUCCACAAAAAGAAGUGUUUAAUAAUUAA